GCCGAUUAUUGUGCGAGCCCUGAGUGGUCCUGAUAAGAAACCGACACGUGAGCAUCUAUCUAACACUAGUCCUAUCAUGUCUUAGCUCGAUUUUUGUCGCCAAGACUGCACUUUGAAUUUUCGACAUUCGCAGCCAAACUCGAAGAGAAACUGCGCCCAUCGCAUUUUGUUCGUCAACAUCGUCAAAAGAGAGACUCGCCCAUCAUGUCUCUCGUCAGCGGAGAGAAGUCGAACUUCCAGUUCAUCCUUCGUCUUCUCAACACCAACGUCGAUGGCAAACAGAAGAUCAUGUACGCCCUGACCCGGAUCAAGGGUGUCGGUCGCCGCUACUCCAACUUGGUCUGCAAGAAAGCCGAUGUCGACUUGAACAAGCGUGCCGGUGAAAUCACUACCGAAGAACUCGAACGAAUUGUCACCAUCAUCCAAAACCCUACUCAAUACAAGAUUCCCGAAUGGUUCCUCAACAGACAACGCGACAUUGUCGAUGGCAAGAACUACCAGGUGCUGGCCAACAGUAUGGAAAGCAAGCUGCGUGAGGAUUUGGAGCGUCUGAAGAAGAUCCGAGCCCACCGUGGUCUGCGACACUACUGGGGUCUCCGUGUCAGAGGUCAACACUCCAAGACUACUGGCAGAAGAGGUCGUACCGUCGGUGUCAGCAAGAAGAAGGGUUAAACGACUGCUGUCACGUGGUGUUUUUGCGGUGGUGGUUGGGUGUUGAUCAAGGACAUUCGGCAGAGCAUUGCAAAAUCUGCAGUGGACAAAAACAGAUGGCAUGGCUGGGGUUUCUCAGUUCGUGCGACAAUAUCACAAAUACUCGUGGAAGUUCAAUGGUUAGUGGGCUUCUUUGAGCAAAUGCAUGGCAUCACUUGAAUUGAUCGCUCCGGGUUUCUGUUUGUCUCUGCUGUGAGUGGACAUUUGCUUCCGUCUUCG